CCGGUACCGGGGACAGGGUCUCGCGCUGCGCUCGUGCGAGCCCGAGGAACUGGAUCCGCUGUUUUACCGCCCUGGAUUUUAAUCCAUUAAACAAAAAUAAGGGACAAGGUGGAUAGAAUACAAGAAGAAACGCGCGGGCCGUAGCUACAGACUCUAUCCCGUCACGACAUGUCACUUGUCAUGACAGAGACGUCUAUGGGCUUCUUUGAAAAUGCGUAACGAGAGAAGCAGAUCGUUGGCAAUGAACUUGAAUUUCCAUUCCUCCACAUUAACGGGAGGACAUGGCUCAAUACACAGAUUCCUAAAUGCUUGGGAACAUAAUUCUUUUUUUGCAUGAUCUCAGUAAGACAUCAGUAGAGCAGUUUGUCAGUGCACAGCGCAUUAUGUCCGUUCAGUGCUGCAUUGAUGUAAGGGAAACGCUGGAGCGGAGGACAAACCGAACCGUCGUGUGAUGUGACUCGUGUCUCUGGGAUUAGUAGCCUACCAACCAAUCUGUAGAAAUAGUCUAAUGGACAAUUACUCAACGCUUCAGUUGCAGUGUCUGGAGAUGACUACUAAGAGGAAGAUCAUCGGCCGCCUGGUGCCCUGUCGAUGCUUCCGCGGGGAGGAGGAGGUCAUCUCAGUGCUGGAUUAUUCCCACUGUAGCCUGCAGCAGGUCCCUAAGGAGAUCUUCAGCUUCGAGCGCACGCUAGAAGAGCUCUACCUUGACGCCAACCAGAUUGAGGAGCUGCCUAAGCAACUCUUCAACUGUCAAGCACUCAAGAAGCUGAGCGUGCCUGACAAUGACCUCUCCAACCUGCCAACCACCAUCGCCAGCCUUGUGAAUCUAAAGGAGUUAGAUAUUAGUAAAAAUGGUAUUCAAGAGUUUCCAGACAACAUCAAAUGCUGUAAAUGUCUAUCAGUUGUGGAGGCGAGUGUAAAUCCUAUAGCCAAGCUCCCAGACGGUUUCACCCAGCUCCUCAACUUGACACAGCUCUUCUUAAAUGACGCCUUCCUUGAAUACCUGCCUGCCAAUUUUGGGAGAUUAUCUAAAUUACGAAUCCUGGAGCUUCGUGAGAAUCAUCUGAAAACUAUGCCAAAGUCAAUUCAUAGGCUGUCGCAACUGGAGCGGUUAGACUUGGGAAGCAAUGAAUUCUCUGAACUGCCAGAAGUGCUGGAGCAGAUCCAUAGUUUAAAAGAGCUGUGGUUGGACAACAAUUCAUUACAAACCAUACCAGGGUCUAUUGGGAAAUUGAGGCAUCUGCGAUAUCUAGACUUGGCUAAGAACAGGAUUGAGAGUCUAGAUGCAGAUAUCUCUGGCUGUGAGUCCUUAGAGGAUCUACUCCUCUCUUCCAACAUGCUGCAACAGUUACCUGAUACAAUAGGAAAGUUGAAAAAGUUGACAACAUUAAAAGUUGAUGACAACCAGCUCACCUCACUGCCUAACACCAUUGGAAGUUUAUCACUUUUAGAGGAGUUUGACUGUAGCUGUAAUGAACUGGAGUCCCUGCCUCCCACCAUUGGCUACCUGCACAGUCUUCGGACAUUUGCGGCCGAUGAGAACUUCCUGACUGAGCUGCCCAGGGAGAUUGGAAACUGCAGGAAUGUUACGGUCAUGUCAUUGCGCUCCAAUAAAAUAGAGUUUCUGCCUGAUGAAAUUGGACAGAUGACAAAGCUACGUGUUCUCAAUCUAAGUGACAAUAGGUUAAAGAAUCUUCCCUUCACUUUCACUAAAUUGAAAGAUCUUGCUGCACUCUGGUUAUCUGACAAUCAGUCCAAGGCCCUUAUCCCCCUUCAAACAGAGGCUCACCCUGAGACCAAACAGAGAGUUCUUACCAACUACAUGUUUCCUCAGCAGCCCCGGCACGAUGAGGAUUACCAGUCUGACAGUGACAGCUUUAAUCCCACUCUCUGGGAGGAACAGAGACAGCAGAGGAUGACAGUGGCAUUUGAGUUUGAGGACAAGAAGGAAGAAGAGGACAACUCAGGAAAAGUGAAGGUCCCUUUAAGAAUUAAAUGCGAACCUUUUUGGCCCUGUAUUUACCUGGUAUUAACAUCCAUCUCUGGUGAUCUGAUCACAGAUGUUAAUAUCAGAUGUAACCAGGGCCACUGCUGUGUUUGGUUAGCUGGGAUUUAUGAAAAAAAAAAAAAAACUUUAAGCAUCAGAAAAGGUCAUAUCUUUGCCAUAUGGGCUAAAUCCUCUUCCCUCUAUCUGCAGGUUGAGAUUAAUCUGAAGCGCUAUCCCACCCCUUACCCAGAAGACCUAAAGAAUAUGGUGAAGUCAGUGCAGAACCUGGUGGGUAAAACCACUCACCCCCUCAACACUGAAAAAUGUUCUUCUGGGACCAAUAUGGAGCUCCACAGCCAAGACAAGUAUGAGCCCAAGUGGCCCAUUGCUCCUGAGGUAUUGUGUUUCCAGGACUCCAUGGGAGGCUCCCCUAAUGAUAUCCGAAUUUCUGACAUGCGGCCGACUUUGGUAGAGCCAGCAAUGUACAAACCAAAGGUUGUGUUACUGGGCAAGGAAAAAAAAGAGUCCACCGAUGAGUCUGAGCCAGACAAAAUGCAUUGUUUGAACAACAGCGGAUCAUCUGCCACUUAUUCAGACUACUCACCCUCCCAGGGAUCAUCUGGCUCCUCCAACCCACCUGGAAAUGUCAGUAAUCUGCAAACAUCUGGGAAAGAGGGGCCAUCACAGACUCACUGGACCAACAGGCUGGCUCAGUCUUUUCCAAAGCCCAUUGAAAGUAAGCCCCUUCUGAGCCAGAGGGAAACACCUCCUUCCAGCACGCUGCAGCAACGAGGUGAGAGGCGGCCACUGAGCGACACCUUCGACAGCUGGAACGAUGCCCCCCACUACGAUAACACAGGUUUUGUUGCAGAGGAGACGUCUCUUGACACUCCGAGCAGCAGCGCUGGAAACCCCAUGCUAGGCUCAAAGCCCCGGAGUGCCUCAAUGGCACAUGGCCGGCGGCCUCUCAUGAGACAAGAGCGCAUUGUGGGAGUUCCUCUAGAGCUCGAUCAGUCGCAACUCACUUUCCACACUGUUCGCACCACCCCUGAAACUGAAGUGCCUCCUCCCUCUAACCCCUGGCAGAACUGGACGAGGACUCCCAGUCCCUUCGAGGACAGGACAGCUUUCCCUUCCAAAUUGGAAAUUACUCCAGCCAACAGCCCCAAUCCUGAUCGUAAGGACUUCGAACAGGAGAUGGGGGAACUACCCGGCACUUUUCCCUCAACUAGAGCCUGGGGGUAUCUGGACUCUACGGACUCAGGGAUGGGAAGAGGUCAUCCCAACAUUUCUGCGCAUGUCCAGGGUGUAAAAGAACUGAACAAAGUAGGCACUUUGGUUGUUAGCAAGAGUUCUGAAAGACUUUCGCCAAUGAUGAAGGAGGUAAAAGUGAAAUUUAAGAAAUCUCAGAGCAUAGAUGAAAUCGAUAUGGGGUCGUACAAGGUUUACAGCAUCCCCUUAGACAGCUACAGCUCUAGCAUAGAAAACCAGGGAAGUGUUGAUAGAGCGGACCUCCAUGUACCUCUAGAACAGAGCAUGUCCAGGAGCCAAUCUGCUCCAAUGCUGGACGAUGAUCUGGAUGGCUUUGGUUCGAAAAGCUCUCAGCAACAGAAGCCUGCCAUCCCAAAGAAAGUUUACCAUUUUGACCAAAGCUUCAACCCACAAAGAGCCAUGGAUAUUAUGAAAUCGGAGAGGAGAGUUCCUCCACCAUUCCCCAAUGCCCCGGAAUAUGUAAACCAACCUGGGAAGACGUUGGCAAAGGAACUUGUGAGCCCAAGAGGCUACCGAGGCUAUCCACCGAUGGAACAGAUGUUUUCAUUUGCUCAGACUGCAGUCACAGAUGAUGCCAUCAAUCCACAGCUCUCGGUCCAGCCCCAGCGCUCCAGGCCGGGCUUCCUGAGGCGCGCUGACUCUCUGGUAAGUUCGACAGAGAUGGCGCUGUUCCGCAGAGUAGCUGAGAACCAAGAACUGCAGCUGGCAGAGCACUACAACAGGUCUCAACAGAGCAUGCUGGAACAACAGAACAGCUUGGCUACCAUCACUGACACCCAGUUCCACAAGAGGAAUGGUAGGUAUGACGAAGAUUACUCGUCUUAUCAAGAACCCACAAAGCCCAUCAUGGGUUACCCCACCAAGAGUCUGACACAACGUCGCCCCCUGUCUGCACGGAGCUACAGCACAGAGACAUAUGGGGCAUCUCAGGCAAGGCCAGUGUCUGCCCGACCCACCAUGGCUGCACUGCUGGAGAAAUUGCCUUCAGAUUACAAUCUUAGUACAUGCACUGAGAAGAGCCCUGAAGCUGACAUGAAGAUGAGGCCUGUCCCUCAAAAACAAGAGGACCCGACCUCCAAAAUGCCAGUAGAUUGGAGACAGCAGCUGCUUAGACACAUUGAAGCAAAGAGGCUAGACCGGAGCGCUGUCCUUAAGCACAACACAGUAAACUUCGGCAUGCUGUACUCUGGAGGCUAUGCUGCACCGCAUGCCAGCAGAAGCAUGACAAUAAACUUUUACAAUAACACAAAGCAUGAAAACCAAACAACUCAGUGGCUACCUCUACCAAAUACACCUUCACAACAGAGCAAUAUUUUAGAUAAUGGACAAGAGGUGGUUUCUCCAAGUAGCCAGUGGGCCCCGUAUUCACUGGGACGAAGAGACGUGCCUCCAGAGAACAUGAAUGUCAUCAAAAAGCCUGGUGUUCACAAUCAUCAUCAACAACAGACUAUGAUGAUAACCUCAGCCAACCCUCCCCACCGGACGGCCCGUGACCAGCAGUAUGAGGGGGCCAUCAACAAGGUGUCCAUCCAGCAGUACCAGUCACCUCUGCCCAUGCCCAUCACCACCACCAGCCCCCGGCCUCAGAGUGCCCGCUGCUUCAUCCAGACUAAAGGCCAGAAGAGUAUGGAUGGCUUUCCAGAGCAGCUCUGUGUGAGGAUCGAGAAGAACCCUGGCCUUGGUUUCAGCAUCUCAGGGGGAAUCAGUGGACAGGGGAACCCCUUCAAGCCCUCGGACAUGGGUAUCUUUGUUACUAGGGUACAGCCUGAUGGACCUGCCUCCAACGUUCUUCGACCAGGGGACAAAAUUCUGAAGGCCAACGGACAUAGUUUCUUACACAUGGAGCAUGAAACUGCAGUGUCUCUUCUGAAGAAUUUUCCGAAAACUGUGGACUUGGUAAUCUUAAGGGAGAGCACAAUAUAAAUAUUUUUAUAG